AUGGUUCUCGCUCAGCCCCCGAACCAACAUGUUAUGAAGGCAUUUGACCUCACUGGCAAAGUCGCUGUGGUGACAGGUGGUGCCCGUGGAAUAGGCCUCGAAGUGUCGCGCGGAUUGGCCGAAGCUGGUGCUAAUACAGCAGAGGCAACAGCAGCUGAGAUUGCAUCUGCGAACAAUGUGCGAGCAGCUGCCUAUCAGGCCGAUGUCACAAACCAGACCGAGAUCGAAGCUGUGAUCCAACGAAUUGCAAAGGAUUUUGGAAAGCUCGAUAUCUUGGUCGCUAAUUCGGGAAUUGCGUCAUGUGUCGCCGCGGAAGAUUACACUCCUAGCCAAUGGAGUGAUAUCAUGAAGGUAAACCUUGACGGUGCUUUUUACUCCGCGCAGGCUGCGGCGCGUAUCUUCAAGGAACAAGGGCACGGAAACAUUAUCUUCACCGCAUCUGUGAGUGCGACGUUGGUGAAUAUCCCUCAGAAGCAGGCAGCAUACAACGCAUCCAAGGCUGGUGUAGUUCAGAUGGCCAAGUGCUUGUCAGUUGAAUGGGUAGACUUCUGCCGUGUCAACUGCAUCUCCCCAGGCUUCAUUGCAACUGACAUCCUCGACAUUCAUCCCCAGGAAUGGCGGACUAAGUGGCUCGACAUGAUUCCUGCUCAGCGGAUGGCACAAGCCUAUGAGCUGAAAGGGGCCUACGUAUUCUGUGCCUCCGAUGCUUCUAGCUACAUGACUGGGGCUGAUAUCAUCAUUGAUGGUGGAUAUACCUUGCCCUAA